AUGGUAUUUGUGACGUCACAAAAAGUUUCCUUUGUCUGGACCCUUCGAGUGUUACGUAAUCCCGCAAUCAGCAUUGAGACUGGAUACCUGACAGUCGCCAUGCUUGUUCUUGCACCCUACCUGUUCUCGCUGAUCCAGCUGUUCUGGAACAUAUCUUAUUUGACGAAGUCAAAUACACCAGAACUUCCGCACUGGAAAGAUAUGCUACUGGGCGUCUUUCUCAGCAUCGUGGAGGGAACAUGCGUUGUGGUUUUUACGAUAGAGGUCGCUGCACUGCUUCCGGUCUACGUUUUACUACCGCUUCUGAAUGCUGUCUUCGCCAUUCCCAUGUUGCAGGAUUUGAUUACAAGGAGUAAGUCUAGAGAGUAUACCAUCGAAAGGGGGAAACCUGAGAACGACAUCAUUGAGCUGGAGGCAGAAUCGCCCUGCCCCCGUGCCUGCAGCUGUGUCUUCAGCCUCAUAACGUUGUUUCUACCAGCGCUCCUAGCUUGCGUGUUGUACUUCACCGGCUGCGUUACCUGGUUCCAAGCAACCUGCUUAGGGGUAACCCUGUUCUGCCUGUCCGUUGUGUGGUCUCCUAGAAUUCAGAUGCAAAUUCUGACGACGAAAUACGGUCUGGAAAACACACCCCGAAGGAUUCAGGGCCUGUAUCAUCUGGUAAAACUGAUUGCCAUCGUAACAUGUUUAUUGAUAUACAUCAAGCUGAGCUAUGCUAACCAAACUUAUGGCUAUGUGUACGAUCAGUUUAAACAGAGACUGCCCAGUCUUGCAAACAGAGAUAUACUUUUUCCACUGCUCAUGAAUUUUUUCAGCGGCCUUGGCUCCCACGGAUUAUCAUACGCUGCCGUUGGACUUUGCCUACCUUUAGCUGGCCUUUGUCUACCCAUGAUCCUAUCCACGCUGACAACGAUUGCCCUGUGCUUAACGUACUUGGGUCCUCACGUAUAUACUGUGGACGAGUUGCGAGGCUUUGGCCCUCUUGUCCCCUUUCUGGCCGCAGCCGGGAUAACAGCUUUGAUCUGGGCCAUACCGUUCGUCAUCAAGUGUUCCGAAAUGGUGGAAAAGCCAAAACUUUUGAAUGCUCCUUUUGAAGUUAUGUUCUUGAACUACGGUUGGAACAGUGUGUUUUUCGACCAGUAUCUCUUUCUGAGUUACAGAGCGGAUGGCUUCGGUAGGAUUCCGAAGACUAAACUGUACGCGGAGCAGUCUAGAAGUAUAAUAUUUGUCUGCACGACAAUGUACCACGAAGCCGAUUACGAGAUGGAGCGGAUUUUAAUGAGUAUUCAGAAACUUUCUGACAGCGACCAGUUCAAAAAUGUCAAACUGGAAGCGCAUGUAUUUAUGGACAAUGGCUGUGAUGGUUUAGUGCUGAAAGAAUUCGCUCAACAGCUCGUUUCCUUAAUCACGGAAAAGUUGGAGUUGAAAAUUCACGACGCAACUCGCUUCGAGACACCUUACGGUAUACAAAUCAGCUGGACUUUACGAGGCGGUCUUCCGCUCUGUGUUCAUCUGAAAGAUCCAAAGAAAGUAAAAGCCAAAAAGCGCUGGUCUCAGGCUAUGUACAUAAAUUACAUGAUGCGGUACAGGACUGAAAUGUUGUCAGAACGCGAGAGGAAAAUUCUGCGUCAACAGCAGCCUAAGCAAGGUCAAAUGUUCGUUGAUUAUUCCAGUGAAAUAGAAUGGAGGAAAAACGCUCAUCUGAUAAAUUAUCUGAACCCUGGUUAUGUCGACGAAACUGUCUGCGAAGAGAAGAAAGGUGUGUUAGCUCAGAAGCUGGACAAAAUUGGUUAUCCCACUCCCGUGGACCUCCACAAUACUCAAGUGGACAACAGCACGGAAAAACAGGACAGUGAUGAUCAAGGUUUGGGAUCAAGCGCUUCCGAUGAGACGGCAUCGUCGGUAAGCGGCUCUACUGGCGGAGACACGGAGUGUGAAGGAGAAAAAGGAUCAACGUCCGAUUCUUGUCAUCAGAAUGGAUCCUCCGAUGACGGAAUCGUCAACGAAGGAUUCGAAGCUGACGACUCCUCUUCUGAAGAGUCCACAAAAGCCUUCAGUAGCGAAGCUAUCGGCAAAGACAUAAGAAAACAGAUAACGGACAAACACCCAUCGGUGGAAAGGAAGAGAUCUCGACAAAAAUCUGGCGGAGCGGAUAAAAAGGAGAAACGUCCACUUGAAACAAAGGAAUCUGGUCUCGAAGUAGAGUUGCCGAAAUCAACCAGUGCUGAAAGUAAACCAGAAACGCUGUCCUGCACGUGGGAUGAGAUGAAAAAACCCAUGGCUGAUCCUGUCGUUGAUUCGGUUUCCACUAACGCGGUUCAGUUCGAGGAUCCAAUCUGGAGCGAUGAUCAGACGUACAUCCUGGCAACGGAUGCCGACAUGGAAUUUAAACCGGAAGCAGUCUUGGAACUUUUAAACCUGUGCAACUGGGACAAACGUCUUGGGGGUGCCUGCGGGAGAACACAUCCAAUCGGAAAAAAGAACGGUCCAAUUGUUUGGCACCAGAUUUUUGAAUAUGCAAAGGACUUUUGGAUGAUCAAAAACGCCCAAAACGUAAUCGGAUCCGUGAUGUGUGCCCCCGGCUGCUUCAGUUUGUAUAGAGCCACGGCCAUUCGUCAAGUAAUGGCGAAGUACUCGAAACCAACGCUGACGCCAUUCACGGUUUACGUCAAAGACACUGGUGAAGACCGCUGGAUGGCCACCUUGAUGAUGAUCCACGGCUGGAAGCUCCGCUACUCGUCUUUCGCUCACAACACCACCUACUGCCCAGACACUUUCGACGAGUUCCUCAAACAGCGGCGCCGCUGGGUGCUUUCUGACGUCGCCAACGCCUUACUUGUAGUUCAGAAUAUCAAACGCCUUAUACGUAACAACGAGUGCUUCACGUUCGUCUAUGUGGCCUAUCUGCUCAACAUGUUCCUCAACAACAUCAUUACGCCGGGCUCGGCCAUUGUCAUGAUUACGGCGGGUAUGGACUUGGUGUUCGACAUACCCUAUAUCUACACUACUGUGCCCCUCGCUUUCGUCGUCUUCCUCUAUUCCAUUUUCUGCACCCGGGCGUCUGUGCGAGCUCAGACAUUGUUCACGAUCGGGCUGACAGCUGUCAUGGGCUGCACGUUUUUCGCUAUCGUGGUCUGGGGUUCAACUUCCAUUAUCAAAGGAAUAAUCGAAGAUAUAAUCGCCAGUGACUUGAAGUUUCAACAGCAUUACAUUAUCCUCAUGCUUACGAUUAGUCUGGUUUACUCUGCGGUGUUUCAUCCUCGGGAAGCCUAUAUGAUUAUCUACGGUCUGGCUUACGUCUUUAUUUUCCCUGCCAUGCAUAUCCUCCUCCCAAUCUACGCAGUCUGUAACAUCGUCGACCAGAGUUGGGGAACAAGAGACACGAAUGUUGCUAAGAAACCAGCUGUCCCUUGUGUGUUUUCGUGUUUCGUUCGGAGAAGGAAGAACAAAAAAUCUCGAAAAGAACUUGAUGGCGCUGACGAGAGUCAAUCUCAGUCUGACUGCCUUGUUGAGGAACUAAAACCCAUGCAAGAGGGCAGCGAAGAGGAGAAGAAAGAGUACGAAUUCUGGAAACACCUGAAGAACACGUUACUGGGGAACGAUGUGAAUACAGGUCUGGGGAAAGUGGAAUUGGCCGAGAGAUUGCGGACGAUGCGGAACCGGUGUACGGUUGGCUUGAUGAGUAUCAACCUAUUGUGGCUGUGCAUUCUGUCCGUGUUUUACAUUGGUAUUUCGUCUCCCCUGUCCAGACUGAAUAUAUACGGGCUUAUAGCUGGCGCUCUGUACGGUUUCACCCUCACCAUACAGGUUAUAGGCCUCACCGCCUGCCGGUUAGACUUUCUGUUCAGGAAGCUCGCUCAUAGGUUGUACGGUGACGAAAGGCCGAUGUGGGUGAGUCAGAAAACGAACUAA